AUGUCAGCGACAUUGACUGGUCAUGGUGAGGGUGGUGUGUAUAAAACCAGCGCAAACUCCAUGGACGAGAACGGCAGUGUUCCUCUUCACUGCCACAUCCACGCAGAUCUGCAAGAAUCGUUGUGCUUCUUUUUCCUGAAUCCAAUGGACAAAUGGAAAUCGAAAGGAAAGUUCCCGUACAAGCUGAUAUUGCAAGUUUUGAAGAUUAUUUUUGUAACAACACAGUAUGCCAACAUUCGAGAGAAAGCAGUUGCGUCGUUUUCUUAUUCAAAUCCGGAUGGAUCUGUUCCUCCAGUGACGUUCUGUAAACAUUAUUACAAGCGUGGAAUAAUUUGGGCAUUCAAUGAAAGCUAUAUCUUCGAUGGAAAAAUUCUCACGAAAUGCAUUGAAAUCCCGUACGAAGAGAUGAAUAUCUCAACCAGAUUUGACAGUCGUGUCUUUAUGGCUCAGAAGAACUUCUCCAUAAAUGUUGAUGAUUUUGUUUCCGGAGAAAUAAAAUUUGAUUUGAAAACAAUCAACUUCCGGAAAAUGAUGCCUAUGGACGCACCAGACUGCUACCAACUCAAUGUGAAGAUUCUGUUCAACAACGAAGACCACGAUGGUCAGAUGCAGGUUAUUUUAUCGUCUAUUGCGGAGAAACUUGUGUGCGAGGGAGAUACGGAAUCCAUUGGCCACAACACUACUGCAAUGAUGAUACGCACAGUCAUGAAUAGCCUUGUCCGGACUGCACGUCACUUCCGUCGGUACCUGAACACGACUCUCUCGCUCAAUGAUCAGCUGGAAUUUUUGAAUUUGUGGUACUUGAUGAUCCUGGUGAAUGACGUUUUGAUCAUCUCUGGCUCUAUCAUAAAAGAAAUGGUGGAGAGCAAGGCGAUAGGAGACUGGUGGAAUGUGACCGGAGUUCUACUGGGAACUGGAAACCUUAUGGUGUGGGUGGGAGUGUUGCGAUAUCUUGGCUUUUUUCAAAAGUACAAUAUAUUAAUCUUGACCCUGAAGAAAUCUAUGCCAAAUAUUCUGCGAUUCCUGCUCUGCGUGAUCCUCAUCUACUCCGGAUUUGCCUUGUGUGGUUGGGUGGUUCUAGGUCCAUAUCACAUCAAGUUCCAGACACUAUCGUCGACGUCGGAGUGCUUAUUUGCGCUUAUAAAUGGUGAUGACAUGUUUGCGACGUUCAAGUCGUUGGCGACUGAAUCCCCAUUGCUGUGGUGGUACACGCGCAUUUACCUAUAUUCAUUCAUCACACUCUUCAUCUACGCGAUUCUGUCAUUGUUCACCGCCAUUAUUCUCGACACUUACGAAACUAUCAAGGAAUACGAUAAGAAUGGAUUUCCGCAAUCCGCGUUGGAAAAGUUCAUCUUUGUCAAGACGGAUCAGCACAUUGGAAUGGCAGUUUACCAGGAACCGUCGUGUUUUCCUCCGUGCAUGAACUGGAUUGAUUUUUUGAUGUCGUGUUUUGGCUGGAGUUCGAAGCGAUUCUCGAGUCCGCGUCCAAGUGACGCAAGCUCUCUGCUGUUGGAAACCGUCUCUCGGCUGAGCAAUGGCGAACGUGAGCCACUUCUCCGUGAGAAGCAAGGUCAAGCAAGUCCCGUAGGCUAUCAAGCCUUUGAGAGACUUCACGCUGAGACAUGGCAUUGA